CUUAUUCUGUUACAAAAUUUCACUUGAUUAGGGUUUCCUUUUAGAAUCUAUGUCUAGAUUUUAAUUUGUCUUCUCCAUUAGUUUUUGUCUCAAAAUUAUAUAGGUUUUCAAUAAACAUGGAUCGUGGAGAACUAAGUAGAGUAUUCCAAAUGUUCGAUAAGAAUGGAGACGGGAAGAUUGCAAAGAACGAGCUGAAAGAUUUCUUUAAAAGCGUGGGAAUUAUGGUCCCUGAAAAUGAAAUCAAGGAAAUGAUAGAGAAGAUGGAUGUGAAUGGAGACGGUUUCAUGGAUAUCGAUGAGUUUGGAUCGUUGUAUCAAGAAAUGGUGGAAGAGAAAGAGGAAGAAGAGGACAUGAGGGAAGCAUUUAGAGUAUUUGAUCAAAAUGGUGAUGGAUUCAUUACAGAUGAAGAGCUGAGGUCAGUGCUUGCAUCAAUGGGGUUGAAGCAAGGAAGAACACUUGAAGAUUGCAAGAAAAUGAUAAGUAAGGUUGACGUUGAUGGAGAUGGUAUGGUUAAUUUUAAGGAGUUCAAGCAAAUGAUGAGGGGUGGUGGGUUUGCUGCUCUUAGCUCCAAUUAAACAUUCUUCUUUUUAAGUAUAAAUUUUGUAUAGAUAACCAUCAAAGCCAAGACGUUUUGAAUUUAUCUAAUUAACACUAGUUUUCUACCAAAAUAAUUUAAUGUCCUACGUUAGUUUUCUAGAUACAUCAUAUUGUUUGUUAAUUGAGAGAUCAUUACCAGACAUGUUUUCUUUAGAGGUAUCUAAGAUUUUUCUUGUUUAUUUUCUUCUUGUGUCAAUCUAUAUAUAAUAUAGAAUGAAUUGGAUCUAGA